GUGCGACUAGUCCGUGACGUGAGAGAGAGACGGGGCGAUCUCUCGCGGAGCGCGGAGGUUGGCUGAAAUUUUGCGCAAAGUGUAUUUUCGGUAGUAAUCGGGGUGUGCGAUAGCGCGAAUAUUUGGCUCGGCCAGGACACCGCGACGACAUAUCCCCGGGUGAUGAGAAGCGCACGCCGCAGUUAAAAGCCGCGCCAGCCCCACGUGUGUGACAUCUCGCCGUGCGCGCGUUCGCCCGCCUCUCGCACUUCAUAGGGAUAGGGAGAAAAAAAAAUACGGCGCUUCGCAGAAAUACAGAGAUCAUGGCGGUGCCCAACACCGGUGUAGUCGUGCCCCGAAACUUCCGACUCUUGGAAGAACUGGAGCAGGGCCAGAAAGGUGUGGGCGAUGGCACGAUCAGUUGGGGUCUGGAGAAUGAUGAUGACAUGACCCUCACACAUUGGACUGGCAUGAUAAUUGGACCACCUAGGACGCCGUAUGAAAAUAGGAUGUAUAGUCUGAAAAUUGAUUGUGGUCAAAGAUAUCCAGAUGAUGCACCUAAUGUAAGAUUUUUAAGCAGAAUCAAUAUGAAUUGCAUUAACAGUGCUACUGGAGCUGUGGAUAAUCGCAGCGUACCAGUCCUUGCAAAAUGGCAACGAGAAUAUACAAUUAAAACAGUUCUUCAGGAACUCCGUCGUUUGAUGACGUUGAAAGAAAAUAUGAAACUUUCUCAGCCUCCCGAAGGCAGCACUUUUUAGCCUACCCAUACAAACAGAGACAUCUUCCUUUUUGCAAUAGCACGAGGCGAGAUCUAUAAUGAAGGUACCAAAUGAUAUUAAACUGGUGCCCGCUAAAAAUAUAUGUUUAAAAAGAAACAAAAAAACACGAAAAAAACAACUUUGUGAAAGAAAGGAGGUAAUAGCUUGGAAAGUUGAAUGAAUGUGCCGAGUUUAUGUAUAGAUAGAAAAGUUAAUAAGAUAUUUGUGCUGUGACACAACUAUGUCUAAAACUUUCUUUAUCAGAAUUCUUCAUUAAAAAUGUAGCAUCCUUCUCACAUAAAUUCCAAUUAAUUUUGCAAAUAUACAAAUCAUAUGUGCGUAAGAUAAUAAUUCAAUUCACAUAUGAUUUAAUUUAUAGGAACUCUGCUCCAGCUUUUCAAGCUAGUACAAUGUAAAGCGAAAAGAUCAUAUUUUGAAUCUUACAACCGAAGACACAGACUGUGUAAUAAAAUGAAUAAUCAGUAAGAAUAUAUAACUUAUGCCUUUAAAGUUUUUUAACGAGAUGAAGAUAACGUCUGGUAUUGUGAAUCAUUUUAAGACUUCUUCUGUUUGCGCAUAAGUGCCAUUUCAUCUCUUGUGGAGGUGUCUCUCACUCGAUAAUGUUGUAGAAAAUUUGUAAAUUCCAAAUCAUAAGUCUGUACAUUCAUUUUACUUUUCCAUGCUGCAUACCAUUUAAACUGGCGAUCUUAGACGAAAUAACGUGCAUAUAUUGGCAAUUUUGUCCUAGAAACGGCCUCUCACAUUAAACGAAUUACGUUUUGUAAUCGUCGAGAUGUCGCUCCGUAAAUGAAACAUACGUAAAUGUUUGAUUUGUAAUAUCUCAUAUGAUGAAUGAUACAUAAUGUUGUAUGGCAAAGUACAUCAACGUAUGAAGCAACGUGAAUGAGAUCUUUUAUUUAGUAUCAUAUUUGAAUAUAUGUGUAUUGAAAACUAUCCAUAUAUGUAUGUAUAUUUGAUUAUAACUAUUAAAAUAUAAUGCAAUUAGUAUGCAGAUCAGGCUUCAUGAUUGAUGUAUUAUGAAUACAAUUAUUUUAAUUAUAAUUUUACUACAAAUUAUUAAAAAAAUCAUAGAAAACUUCUAAUUCUUAAACACAUGUAAAAUACACAAGCUGCGUAUUCAUUGUUACAAAAUCAGAUUUAUCUCACCUUUAGUGCAAUUAUAAUUAUAAAUUAUAUGCAUUAUAUUACUGGAAGAGAGAGUCGAAUUGUAUGCAGCCUAUUGAUGAUUCCCGAUAAAUGACAUGUUAUGUUCCAGCAAGAGCAUAAUUAUAUAUAAUAUUAUUAUGAUGUCGUCUUGAGAUUUAUAUCGUCCAAUUAAUCGAAAGGAUAUCUUUAUACCCUAGACUAAAGCAAAUGCCACCAAAGUAGAUUUCGAAAUAUCUUUCACAUUUGUGUAAUUAAAAAAUUUUCAAUUACCCAAACGUGCAACGCAUACACGUGGAAUAUGCAUACCUCUUUGUCCGCUUUGCAUUUCAGUAUUACACUAUCGAUAAUAUAAUAGUGUAAUUUAAAAAUCAUCCUAUUGAAAGAGUAAUGAGUCAAGAACUCCAUGUGGACGAAAUCAAGCUUAAGGAGAAUAAAAUGAUUUCCUUAGAAAUAA